GCCUUCGCGAUGCCGCACUUUCUGGACUGGUUCGUGCCUGUCUACCUGGUCAUCUCCGUCCUCAUCCUGGUGGGCUUUGGAGCUUGCAUCUACUACUUCGAGCCUGGCCUGCAGGAGGCGCACAAGUGGCGCAUGCAGCGCCCCCUGGUGGACCGUGAUCUCCGCAAGACGCUGAUGGUGCGGGACAACCUGGCUUUCGGAGGCCCAGAAGUCUGAGACGAAGGACGAUCCCUUGAUCUUUCCACCCGUGCAUCUGUAGCCCAGUAGAGGCCCUUGUUGUUCAGGGAGGCCCCUGCGUAGAAACCAGGCACUUGAAUAUCUAUCUUAAUUGCUACUCCAGGCUCAAAAGCUCGGUAUUAAGCCUGCUCACCCCAUGCCUUCCCUUCCUAGCUCUGGGGACAUCCUCCACUGGCCCUCAGUGCCUUUAAGUGCUGUCCAAGCUCCUGCACCUCCAUCUGGAGGCAGUUAUGACUGUCCCACGGAAUUCCCAGUUGCUUCCAGCUCCCAUCUCUGCCUCACAGCUGCGCCGCGGGGCUGCCCUCAAAGCUGACCCAGGAAAAGCAUUUCAUCAGAAGGAUGCCAGCCUGCUUCAGACCAGCCCCACCCACCUCGGUGGGCUCAGGCUUAGAAUGAGUGAUAGUGUAUGGUGGAAGUGUGCAGAAGGGCAAGAUUUUGAGAAGGGUGUGUGUGUGUGUGUGUGUGUGUG